CGACAGGCUGUGGAUUUUCCUGCCACCUGAAUGCGCCGUCGGGGCAGCAUAAAAAGCCGUGGAGAUGAAGCAGAGAAGGGAGGUGAAGCAGCUCCCCAGCACCAGCCCCCAGCCCGACUGCCAGCAUCUGAGUUCACUGCCUGCAGCAGUACCAACAGGGAUCCAGCCCGGAGCGCUGCGCUGUGUCCUCUGUGCCUUCUGGCUCCACAAGCUCCUCGCCCCAUCCAUCAUCACCUGCUCACUGUCAGGCUCUCGUCAGCAUGAUGCUGUGCCUCAGCUUCAUCCUCCUGCUGGCGCUGGUGGUAGGGACCAGCCUCGGGGCUGCCAUCCCCCAGGAUGCCCUCAAGAGGAGCUGCAGCCUCUCCAAGUACCAGUUCCUCGUGCCCCAUGAGCUGAAGGCUGUGCAGAAGAUGAAGGAGCACUUUGAGGACAUCAUGCUGCUGUCGGGCCACAAAUGCAACACCAGGCUCUUCCAUCGCAAGUGGAGCACGCUGGAGUUGUCGGUGCCCGACCGAGUGAUGCUGGUUGAAGCUGAGCUGGACCUGGCCAUCGCCGUGCUGGGGCUCCCUGCUGUGCCCAGGCUCACGGAGCUGCGCCAGCAGCCCCUGGCCUUCCUCACCCAGGCUCGGGAGGACCUGCGAGGCUGUGUGGCCAUGGAGGCUCCUUCUUAUCAUCCCUCUGGGAAACUGCGGCACUGGCUGCAGAGGCUGGAGAUGGCCAAGGAAACGGAGACUCCCGGCUGCCUGGAGGCCUCAGCCAUCCUUCACCUCUUCCAAGUGCUGAACGACCUGCGGUGUGCAGCCCUCCGGGAGCAAUGCACUUAGUCCCUGCCGGUGGCAUGGCACAGCAUGGUACAGCACGGCGUGGCAUGGAAUGGUGCUCACCAGCCCCAAAGGAUGUCUGGAGGACUGGGAAGAACGAUCUUUACUGCAUCACUGGACUGUAAUUUCCUAUUUAAGCAUUUUUCUUAUUUAUGUGAUGAGCUCAGGGAGCAAUUCUUUUUCAU